AUGGAAGAAGUGAGGCAGAAUGGCAGCACUGCCACAGUCUGGUUUGGAGAUGAACCUGUCUUCGGCCACAAUGCCGACCGUGGCGCGUGGCUCCACCCCAGCAGUGAAUGCGGACGGGACGACAUCCCGGUUCCGCCGGAAAAAGAGCAAGAUUCAAAGUGGCGCUCGACCGUGGACUCCCGCAGGGCCUCGCAUGAGCCCAAGGUCGGCAAGCGAUACAAGUGUUGGUGCUGCAGAUGGCUGCGCGAAGUGCAGCGACACCACGCCCAAGGCGAGGUAAUCUGCUGCGCGGUAUCAAACAUCUUCAACUCAGAUUGGGUCGAGUUGUACGGCGCAGGAUCAUCAGAGUUGUCGGACGCGGACGCCGAAGCGCACGGCCUGCCAAAGGAAGUUUUCCGCAAUGAGCGCCCCAAGGGCUGGGGCCAAGGCCGAAUCCGAAUAUCUGGCGGAUUUGGGGGGGAUUUCGAUCGCAAAGCACCAGUCCACCCGCGGACAAAGAAGCCAUUGGGGGUUGGAUGCCGCUGGGAACGCCAAGCUUUGGAUGGCAUGGGUUUUCCGGUAUAUGCCUUUUUCAUGCCCUGA